ACUUCAACUCUGGAAAUGGAAAACCUGAUGCUUGGCUACAGUUCCUGUAAAGUUAUCUGGACACUGCUUAUAACAAUUUUAGGCUAUACCAGCUGUCUGCCUGUGGGUGAUGAUUCUGUUUGCACAGCAGAGGAAGUUGCUAAGUACAGCAUAGUCUUUGUAGGGAAAUGGAGUCAGGCUGCUUUCCCUAAGCAGUAUCCCCUUUAUAGGCCUCCAGCACAGUGGUCUUCCUUGCUAGGUGUUACCCAUAGUUCUGACUAUAACAUGUGGGAAAAGGAUGAAUAUGCCAGCAAUGGUGUGCGUGAUUUUGCUGAAAAGGGUGAAGCAUGGACAUUAAUGAAGGAAAUAGAAGCAGCUGGAGAAAAAAUUCAAAGUGUGCAUGGAAUCUUCUCAGCUCCUGCCAUUUCCAGUGGUACAGGACAAACCUUCACGGAAUUAGAAGCACAUUCAAGACACUCCUUAGUUUCUUUUGUUGUACGAAUUGUGCCCAGCCCUGAUUGGUUUGUGGGUGUUGACAGUCUAAAUCUAUGUGAAGGAGAUCAUUGGAAAGAACAAGAAACAGUAGAACUUUUCCCAUAUGAUGCUGGAACAGACAGUGGUUUCACAUUUUCCUCACCAAACUUUGCCACUAUUCCACAGGAUACUGUUACAGAGAUCACUUGUUCCUCUCCAAGUCACCCAGCAAACUCAUUUUAUUAUCCCAAGCUAAAAAGUUUGCCACCUAUUGCUCGAGUAACCAUUGUAAAACUUAAAAGAAACCAGCUGGGUCUUCCUGGUCCUCAGCCUAACCUGACUGCUGUAGGCAAUGAAAUAGAUGACUCUGUCUCAGAAACACCAUUGGACUGUGAGAUUUCACUGUGGUCUUCCUGGGGUCUUUGCAGAGGUACUUGUGGAAAGAUAGGGACCAAAACCAGAACUCGUUAUGUACGCCUUCAACCUGCCAAUAAUGGAACUCCUUGUCCAAACCUGGAUGAAGAAACAGAAUGUGAACCAGACAAUUGUGUCUGA